AUGCUAUAUUCUUCUCCCUGGCAUGAGGGUCCAAUGUUUGUAUGCGGCAACGAACUGGAUCCUCCUAGUACGGCUCAGAGAAAGAAAAAAUGGAUUUUCUAUUCCAAUUCUUCGAGUGUAGUUGAUAUCUCUUCUACUUCUCGUUCGGUCACAGAUAUUAGGACCGAGUAUAAUAGAUCCAUCAUAGAGCCAAUGAUGGAGCGCUGCCCUUUGGCCGCGAUUGGUUCCGUUGAUUACCGGGAUACACUACAUAUACGAGCAUGCCAUGGCCCAAUUGUGCUCAUGGAAGCUGGCGCAUGGCAUUUCGAGGUAUCUCUUGAAGAUAUGAAGCAAUCAGUCUUCGGUUGUGCGUUUCUACUAUACCACGGCGGCUUCUUGGGUGACGUUCUAUCUUAUGCUAUAAGAAAUUGGAACAAUGACCGAUGGAACCCUCUGGCUGGGGGAGAAGGUCUGCGUGUUGCUGGCAAAAGGAGGAUUGGUAUGGUUGACCUGUGUCCCAUCAUUUUCGGCAGUGGAACGAAUGACUCGGCCACCGUCCCGUUUCGAGUCCUCCAAGACACAGUGCCUGGACGUCUGAUGCUGUGGCAAGCCGAGAACCCGUACUAUGAGUACACAGUUCGCGUCGGCGUGUAUGUUCCUGACAGCCAGUUCAGUUACAGAAGCCAGAGUAUAUAUAUGAAAGUACUUUUUGACGUUUGGUAG